AUGGCUCUGCCUACAGAAGCUCAAAGAUCUUUCCGGCUAUAUGUGACCCAUGUGGAUGGUGAGGGUCAUUUUCUGAAGAUAAGUGGUCAGUUAGAUCAACAAUCUUCUUUAAUGGUCGAAAGUUUAUUUGAAUCUGCCCGUGAAAAUUUAGAAAAGGGCAUCGGAGCGGUACCCCCGGCAGCUAUUCAAGAAGGUGUUAUUUGUGCCGCCAAAUAUAAAGAUGGAACCUAUUACAGAGCUAAAAUUAUAAACAUAACGAAUCUCGCUAACGGCAUAGUAGGGGUACACUUCAUUGAUUACGGUAAUAAAGACAUUAUUUCAUUAAGUACUAUACGCUUCUUAGAUAGCUAUGAUCCUAUGUUUUUACAACUACGCGGCCAAGCCACGGAUUACUACCUAUCUCGUAUAAUGCAUCCGUCUGGAAGGUGGGAAGAACCUAUGCUUCUAAAACUACAAAGUUUACUCUGCUAUGCUGAAUAUCCUGCGUCUGUUGAAGCUCAAACGAGGACCUUACCUAUCAUAGCGAUUCAGUUUAAAGGAAACGAUCUGUCAAUACACUUAGCUUCUAAUAGAUUUGGUGUUGCACUGCCAGUGACUAAGCAAGAGGUUUUACUGUUGCAAAUGGCUGACAAUCAGCUGGGAACGAGCUGGUCGCCAACUUUGUUGACUGAUGCACCACCUUUCACUGAACAUGUACCAUUUCUAAUUAAUCAGAACUUUCCUAAUCCUGCAUCCGCUAUGCGUUUCAAUCAAAAUGUGCCUAUACCAUUUAACGGUGCUCCUGUUCCUCCUGGAGCUGGCCAAAGACUGCUCAUCAACAAAGCAUCUAGAAAUAUGGUUAAUCUCCGAGCGCCAGUACGUCAGCCACAACAUGCUCCAUCCUCGGUACCUUCAGCAGCUCCAAUGGCUCCACCAUCAGCUAUAACAAACAAACCGCCAUCUCCUAAGAAGUCUAUAACUUACAAAAGUAGAUUGCUUGAGGUGAAUUCACAGCACAAAGUUUUUGUAUCAUUUGCUGAGGAGGGUCCUGAAUUAUUUGCAGUCCAAUUAGUGUCAGAUGCAACUAAAUUACAAGACAUGAUGGAUGAUAUAAAUAGAAGGCCGCAUAGUAGCCUUGCAGAGCCACCUAUGAUUGGAACUGUCUGUCUCGGUAGGAUGUCUGGAGACCGCAUAAUUUGUAGAGCAAUUGUCAUGAAUUUAUCUGGAUCGCAAUGUAAAUUGUUCUUUGUAGACUUUGGUGAUACAGAAAUGGUGUCAUACUAUGAUAUAUUUGAUAUUCCUGAAGAGUUUGUGAAGCCUAAUGUCUUUGCUAUGCGGUUUUGUUUGUCCGGUGUUAAGAAGUUGGAGAAAAGUCCGCAUUUGAAUGAAGCGUUCAAACAGCUGGUUAGUGGUAAAGUUUUGACCCUAAGAGUAGUAUCCCCAGAAGGUCCUCCACUGAUACAAUAUGGAGAACUAUUCUUGGAUAACAAAAGUGUUUUAGAUAUUUUAAUGGCAAAUAUGAAAGACAAGUUGCAAUUUAAAUGGAUGGAAAUGCUGCCUCUGGGCAGUAGACAGUCAGUGUUAGUUUCAUAUGUAGAUAGUUGUAUAAAAUUCUAUGUGCAAUUGUCGGAUAACAUUGACGAUCUAAAGUCUGUAAUGGGUGCUGUUAAGACUCAUUGUGAAAACACAUCAUCGCCUGGAGAACUGCCAGUUGGUGCUGUAUGCUGCGCCAGAUUCCCUGAUGAUGACAACUGGUACAGGGCAAUGGUCAUGGUAUCUAGAGGGAACAAAGUUGUAGUUGCUUAUGUUGAUUAUGGUAACGAGCAAGAAGUAGAUGUUACUGACUUGAGGACAAUAACUCCAGACUUGAUAAGACUGCCGGCUCAAGCCAUGAAAUGUGCACUUAAAGGGUUUGAAAAUAAACCAAUAGAGACGAAGACAUCAAACCAACUAGAAAUGUUAGCAUUAGAGAAAACUCUAAUGGCACACAUAGUUGGUGUAUUAUCCAGUGAUACGAUGCUUGUUACCUUGAUAGAUGACACAGUCACACCCCCCCUUGAUGUGGCUAAAAAGAUGAAUCAACUUUCUCAACCAAGGAGUAAUACUAUUGAGGCCAAAGUAACAACACCGCUGCGUAAAGACGCGCCGGAAACUAUAAGUUCACCUGAAGGAAGCAUUCAAGACGAUAAGAAAAAGAACUUCAGGCGUGAAAAGAGUUUCAAAGAAGAGAAAAGAAAAGACGGAGAGGAUUUCGGACCUAGAGGGGGCAGCUUCCGCGGCCGAGAUCAAAAGGAGGGCUUCGAACGAUCGGGUCCGGGACGACAUAGUGAAAAGUAUGGGACGAAAACCGAUAGAGGGGAUCGACGCGGUCCGCCUAGACCUCGCGAUAACAACCCUACGACUACCAAUGAUGACGAAAGGGAGGAGAUCUCGCCUCCGCAACGACCAAAUAGAGAAAAUCCUAGAGAAAGAAGAAAACCUAGGACGGAUCAAGAUAAAAGAGGCGCUUGGAAGAAGGAAGGAAGUGGAGUCGGGAAACGAUUGAGGCAAGCGGCCGAAGCUGCGUCUUUAGAUGCGCAAGCGCAUGCUCAAAGAGGAUCAAUACAGGAUCGAUUGAAACGGGAUAACAGAUAUACACAAGAUGAGGACAGCAGGGGUGAUGAUCGCGGUAAUAGAGGCUUUAGACCAGACAGGAGGGACAACCGCGGUGAUAGACGUGACAAUUGGGGUGACAAGAAAGACAAUUGGAAUCAAAAGCGAGAGUUUAGAGAUAAUAGAGCAGAUAGGGGUGACAGACAGGACAAAGGCAGAAGUAACUUCAGCCCUCGCGAUAGAGCCGAAAGAUCAGACCGUUCUUUCGCAUCUGAUAGCGAUAAGAGAUCAGAGAGAAGUUACAGAUCUCAAGAAAGCGGAUUUAACCGCAACAGUAGAACACCCCCACAAAAGUCUCGAGGCAAAUUCACACAAGUUCAAUGCAAAGAACUGUCAGACCCUCUACCUCCAGAGACACCAUUCACUGAGCCGUCAGUGGAAAUAGGAUCGCAGCAAGAAGUAUCCGUUACUUGGAUAAUAUCCCCAGAAAAUUUCUACACUCAAAUAUUAUCACUGCAACCUAAAUUUUUAGAAAUGAUGCAUAAAAUUCCGGAAUUGUAUAAAGGGGUCCGGUCGUACUCUGGAAACGUACCGAUCGGUGCGUCAGUUUUAGCACGCUAUCCAGCGGAUGGCGUUCUCUACCGAGCUACUAUAGUUUCCGUCCAACCUUUCUCUAAAUUCAUAGUUCGCUACGUAGAUUUCGGUAAUAAGCAACUCGUGGACGCAAAAGAUAUUUGGCAAAUGGAAAGAGAGUUGAUGGAACUUCCAAAAAUGGCUGUACAUUGUUCCUUGUCCGGUGUUGUGCCGAAAACUGGCGAGUGGAAGGCUGACCCAGAAAUAGAUCUUUGCUUCAAUGCGCCUCGGUAUCAAUGUGUGUUCCAAGAAUGUGUGGAAGAUCAAUAUAAAGUGUCUUUAUGGAACAAUGGAGUAAGUGUAGCGGAUCUGCUGGUUGAAAAGGAAUUAGCUGUUAUGUCCGAAAGUCAAACGGCUGUCACCUUGAAAGAUGAAGCAAUCGAUCUAACAAUAAUAGUUGGACAGCAAAUAAUGUGCAGGGUAACACACGUGGAAUCGUUUGAGAAGUUCUUUGUCCAGCUGGAUUUGGAUAAAGCUGAUUUAGUUGAGAAUGCUAUCAACAGUUACGAUGUGGAAAAGUUAACACCUCUACCUGCCGAUAGUCUAAUGGAAGGAAUUCACUGUACAGUGAAACACAACGACAAAGUAUAUCGCACAAUACUCAACGACGUUUCUGAUACUAAUAACAUUGAAGCAGUUUUACCAGACUAUGGAAACACUAUCACUACAACAUUAGAUAAGUUAAUGAUUUUGCCGACAGAAUUGAGCGUCUACUAUUAUCAAUCGUUGCAAUGUUCUUUCAACAAUUAUACGGAAGAAUCGAAGACUCUACUGUCCCUAGAUGACUUAAAGAAAAGACUGACUGGAAAUAAAUUUAUAAUAUAUGUGAAUUAUGUUGAAGGAAUUACAUUGGUUUCAACAUUGUAUGAAGGAGUAACUGGUCAAAAGAUAGCGAUAUUUGAGCCAGAUGAAGGAUCUUAUGAUGAAGUAGUACCGCUUUGUACAAGAGCUGUAUUUAAUUACAACUUCGGCAACGCUUAUAUUUCGCAUAUAGAAAAUCUGAAUGAAUUCUACUUGCAAAAGUCAUCCGAUGGUGAUAAGAUCGCACAGCUCUUAGAACAUUUAUACCAGUUCUAUGAAGAGGGAACUCCAGAAGCUCUAACAGAAUUUGAGGCUGACGGAUUGUGCGUGGCUAAAUCAUCGGAUGGUAAUUGGUACAGAGCUACAAUACUCAGCUCAACUGAAAAUAGUGUUAAAGUGCAGUUUCCCGACUAUGGCAACUCUGAAAUCGUACCUAAAGAAGCACUUAAAAAGCUUGAUCCUAAAUUCUAUGAACCGUGCUAUUUAGCAUUAGUCGCCAGUUUGGGACUUGUAUCCCUACAAAAAGAUACUGUAAGCAAACUAAUGGAAUGGACUACUGAAAAAGAGCUUCAAGUUACCUUGGCGUUCGGAAAUGAUGGCUGGCUUGCUAACUUACACUUAGAUGGUGUAGAUCUUUCUAUGAAAUUGAUAAAUGAGAAACUAGCUACUACUCAAAUAAUUUCUGAAGUAAUUUCCGAAGAACCAAAAUCCGACGCUCCUAUAGAAGAACCUAUUUCUUUGCCAGAAGGUUGUACGCAAGUAUACAUCAGUCACAUAGACACUCCUGGACAUUUUUGGUUACAAAUGUUAGAUAAAGUCCAAAAAAUAGACGAUAUCCAAGCAGAAUUACAGAGUAAUGCUGACAGUUACACAGAUAUUGAAAAUCGUGAAAUGGGAACGUUAUGUGUCGCUAAAUAUUUAGCAGACGACCAGUGGUAUCGGGCAGAGAUUCUGGAUUCAGAUUCUGACAUAACAACUAUUCGUUUUAUUGACUACGGAAACACUGACGUUUUAGAUAAUCAACCCGGAUUGCUAAAAGUAAUGCCAGAUCACCUAAAAGAAAUCGAGCGAUAUGCAAUUAAGUCUAGUGUAAAUGCAAUCCCGACUGGAACGGGACAGUGGUCUGAACCGGCCUCUGACUACUUUACACAACUUGUUGGUGAUUUAUCAUCGCCAGUAGAUGCAUUAAUCGUUCUAAAGGAUGUAACAACUUACGUAGAUAUUUUCGUGAAUGGUCAAAAUGUAACCGACAAAUUAGUUUCUGAAGGACACGCUACUAGAUCAGAAGAAACAGAAUGCGGCGACUUACCUUCUUGUUUCGCUAGCCAUGUUAAUUCUCCUUCCGAAUUCUGGAUCCAACUUGAAACCGCUGCGCCCGAACUACAAUCAAUGGAGGCAGCGAUGGUCGAUGCAGAAAGUUUCCCGGAACUUACUGAAAAAGAGGAAGGUGUAUUAUGUGCGGCUAAAUAUCCCGAGGAUGGCGCCUGGUAUAGGGCACAGGUAAUUGUCGACGGUUCUGAAGGAACGGAAGUAUUGUUCAUGGAUUACGGAAACGCGUCAAUUGCUAACGAGUUACGAAGUCUUCCAGACGAAUUGAAGCUUAAGCCAGCUCUUUCUAGGAAGUGUGCUCUACAAAAACCACGUGACAUCAAAUCUUGGUCACGUAAAUCUGAAAUUAAAUUUAACGAGUUAGCAGCAGAAGGGGCUACUAUAUUUAAUGUUCAAUUUAUUGCUUCAGGGGAUAUCUCAAUAGUUGAGCUUUAUCUUGACGGUAAAUCUGUUACUGAAGAGUUAGUUGGGCUUUGCGAAGAACAUCCAACCUCCGAAAGACCGACACCAGUUGGACAGGACUUGCAUAGUAGUGGCAAAAUUUGUUACGUUAAUUCCUUGGAAGAAUUUUAUGUUCAUUUAGAUGACUCUAUAGCUAGUCUUGACAAAGUCACAGAUAAGCUAAGCGAAUGUAGUGAAUUUGAACCGAUCUCGGAACUAAAAGUUGGCUCUAUAUGUGCUGCUUUCUGGAGUGAAGAUGAACAAUGGUACAGAUGUAGAAUCUUAGAGUUUUGCGAUGUAGGAUAUCACGUGCAAUUUAUAGACUAUGGAAAUAAAGCUAAAUGUGAGGAAUUCAGACAAUUACCUGAAGAUAUUGCGAUGAUCGAACCGUUAGCUAAAUGUUGUCGGUUAGCUGGAUUUGCCGACGAUGUCUCAAACGAAUCUGCGAAAUCAAAACUUGAAGAUUUAGUUGCUGAACUUGUCACAUUCCAAAUAGAAUUUUUAGAUAGCAUUAAAGAUCCAUCCCUAGUAAGACUGCUUUUAAAUGGUACAGAUUUGAGUUCUGUUAUAAAAACGGACACUCCAGAUUUUGUCGACCAAACGGAUCCAAUUGCCGAAAAAGAAAAAACAACCAAUGAAUAUGAUAAUGAGAAUCCUUCGGAAGAGUUAAAUUCAUCACAGCAAGACUCAAACGCAAGUAUAAGUAGUUAUAAUACGGUGAUAAUGGGAUUAGACGUGGAAAAAGAUGAUUCAAAUAAAAGUAAUACAUAUUUAGAAGAGGAAAAAGAUAAUGCAAAUAAAAGUAUUACACCUUUAGAAGGGGAAAAAGAUAAUGUGAAUGAAAGUAUUACAUCUUUAGAAGGAGAAAAAGAUAUUUCAAAUAAAAGUAAUACAUCUUUAGAAGGAGAAAAAGAUAUUUCAAAUAAAAGUAAUACAUCUUUAGAAGGGGAAAAAGAUAUUUCAAAUAAAAGUAAUACAUCUUUAGAAGGGGAAAAAAAUAAUGCCAAUAAAAGUAUUACAUCUUUAGAAGGGGAAAAAGAUAAUGUGAAUGAAAGUAUUACAUCUUUAGAAGGAGAAAAAGAUAUUUCAAAUAAAAGUAUUACAUCUUUAGAAGAGGAAAAAGAUAAUUCAAAUAAAAGUAUUACAUCUUUAGAAGGGGAAAAAGAUAAUUCAAAUAAAAGCAUUACAUCUUUAGAAGAGGAAAAAGAUAAUUCAAAUAAAAGCAUUACAUCUUUAGAAGGGGAAAAAGAUAAUUCAAAUAAAAGCAUUACAUCUUUAGAAGGAGAAAAAGAUAUUUCAAAUAAAAGUAAUACAUCUUUAGAAGAGGAAAAAGAUAAUUCAAAUAAAAGUAAUACAUCAAUAGAAGAAGAAAAGAACAAUUUAAAUAAAAGUAAUACCUCUAAUGAAUCAAAUCAAGAUAAAGUAAUUACACCUGAACAAAAUGUUGACAACCUAGAAAUUUCUAAUGGACAAUCAAUCGCUCCAGUGAAAGAAGAAACUAAAGAACAAUUGAAUAAUGAUAAGGACGAUAGCAGUCCAGAGCAUGUUGAAUCUGUUAAAGAAAAAGUAUCGCUAGACAAAAAAUUUGUCUCACAGGGUGACGAAAAACCCGUUGAAGUUGUAUAAUUAUUUUUUAACACAAGCACCAAUCGCAUAUAAAUUGACACAACACAUUGUUUCGUAUAAUGUUAAUUCUGAGAUAUAUAUUUCAUAUUUAUACUCUUAGAAAAACAAACUUGUCAAAUAGGUAUUGCGAUUUGAUGAUGAUCGCAAUAUAAAAUGAGUUGUGUUAAUAACUUGGGCAGUUGUUUGACCUUUUGAAAUUUUUUAGUACUUAAAGUAAGGUUUUGUGUUAUUUUUUUUAUAGUUUCUGUUAAUUGACUUUGUGUGUCACUUGUAUAAGUAUUAAAGAUAUUACCGUAAAAAUGUUAUUGAUUUACAUUUUUUUUUUGUAUCCUUAAUAAGAAAAAAGAUAAGUAAAAGGUUAAUUUUGUGCUUUAUUCUUUAAUUAAAUCUUUUAGUAUACUUUAAAAAUACUCAUUUUAAUUAUGUGAUUGUUUUCAUUGUGAAAAUGGUAUACUAGUAAGACAUACUAUUCUAAAUGUAUAAAAUUCAUUUUUAUAAUGUUUAUCUUUUAAUUUCGAAGCAUUAUUAACUUUUUUUUAGCUUCAAUAACUUGAAUGUAAAAAGAAUUUGAAAUAUAUGUUACUCUAUAAAACAUAAAAUUGUUUAAAAAAUAAAGUUAUAAAAACUA